UCCCUUUGCCGAACCAGGAAGAUGGAUCUGCUGUCGAGCAAAUGGCUCGUUAAUCUGCUAGUUUGUUGCCUCUUCGUCGCCGUCGGCGGUAGUUCGGUGGAAAAGAAGAUCUACGUGAACCUGAACUACACCGUCCCGUGUGUGCGGCUGCUCAACGCCACGCACCAGAUCGGCUGCCAGUCCCAUUUGUCCGGUAACGUGGGCGUGCUCCAUGUGCUGGAGUCCGAGGAAGACCUGGACUGGGUCCUGACCUCUGGCCUCACGCCUCCAUACCUGGUUAUCCUGGAGUCGUCGCUCUUUACCAGAUCCGUCAUGAUGAAGCUGAAGAGCGGCUCAGGCAGGGUGGCGGGCGUCGCCGUGGUGACGCCGAGCGCCAACCCGUCCCGGGGCUCCUCCCCCCACACCAGCUGCCCCAACGAGAACACGGGCGUGUACACGGACGCCUACGACCCCGCCAUGGCCCGCUGCAACGUGACGCUGUGGAACCCGCUGGGCAGCGGCUUGUCCUACGAGGCCUUCGACUUCCCCAUCUUCAGCAUGAAGGACGACAACGACACGCAGGUCAUACAACAGUGCUACAUGGAUCACAACCGGGCCUCCAACGGCAGCGCCCCCCGCUACCCGCUGUGCGCCAUGCAGCUCUACUCACACAUGUCGGCCGUCACGGACACGGCCACCUGCAUGCGGAGGAACGACAUCAACUUAAGCCUCAGCCCGGCCGAAAUGGUUUGCGACCCGCUGGGAGACUUCAACGUCUGGGGGUCCACGAGGCCCCUGAACAACACGGCCAAGGGCCACAAGCAGGGGGAGAGCCUGGUGCUGGCAGCAGCCAGGUUGGACAGCCGCUCUUUCUUCUUCGACGUGGCUCCCGGAGCAGAGAGCGGCGCCUCCGGCUUCAUCGCUUUGCUGGCGGCCGCUCACGCUCUGAGGAACGCCACCCAGGAGGCUCCGCCCCCACGCAACAUCCUCUACGCCUUCUUUCACGGGGAAACCUUCGACUACAUCGGCAGCUCCAGGAUGGUGUUCGACAUGCAGCAGAAGAACUUUGCAGUGGAUCUGGACAACGUGCACUCGGUGCUGGAGGUCGGACAGGUCGGGCUGCGGGCCGACUCCAAACUGUGGCUUCACUCCGACCCGGUGUCCCGCAAGAACGACAGCGUCAACGACGAGGUGAAGCAGCUGAUCCUCCGCCUGCGGUCGGCCUCCGCCGGCCUCGGCCUAUCGGUGGAGGAGCCCGGCUUCUCUCAGCCCCUCCCCCCCUCGUCCUUCCAGCGCUUCCUGAGAGCUCGGCCGAUCCCCGGGGUCGUCAUCGAGGACCACCGCUCCGCUUUCACCAACAGCUUCUACGAGAGCAUGUACGAUAACGCCGACUACCUGAACAUCUCUUACCCUCCCGACCUGACGCCGGAGGAGCAGCUGGAGUUCGUCACGGACACGGCGAAGGCUCUAACCGAGGUGGCCACCAUGGUCGCCCGGACUCUGUUCACCCAGGCAGGAGGAGAGGAGAGCCAGCAGAGCAGCAUCAACGCCGACCCGCAGAUGGUGACCCGGAUCCUGUACGGGUUCCUGGUCCGCUCCAACAACUCCUGGUUCCAGCAGCUGGUCCCCUCGGACCUCAUGAGCCACCUGACGGACGGGCCCACUAACUUCUACGUGGGCGUGGCCACGCAGACCAGCAAGCCCACCCUGCUGGUGCAGCUGCUGCUGGCCAACCUGAGCGGCAGCACCGUGAACGUCAGCCGGGACGACUGCCAGAACCAGAGGCUGGACGGCCAGGACACGCAGAGCAAGCACCUGCACUCCUUCCUGUGGGUCCAGGGCGCGGCGCCGCCCAACAGCACCGAGCGGGCCGGCUUCUGCACGCGCUCCACGGCGCGCCUCUCCAAGGCGCUGUCGCCGGCCUUCGACCUGCAGGACUUCACCUCCACGGAGUACUCCACCUGGACCGAGUCCCGCUGGAAGACCAUCAAGGGCCGCAUCUUCCUGGUGGCCAGCCACGACCUGGAGAUGUUGACGCUCGGCGUGGGCGUCGCCGUGCUGCUGGCGUCUCUGAUGCUGACGUACGCCAUGAGCUCCAAGGCCGACGUCCUCUUCAGCUCGGGGCGGGAGCCCGCCAACGCCACCUACUGACCGGACCGGGCGGCGCCGGCCCACCAGCACCACCACACCACCACCACCACCCCAACAGACCACCAGGAUGGAGCAGCAGAGGGUUUUUUGUUUUUUUUGACGACGAUGUUUAUGGACUCGCCCUUUGAGCUGAGACGCGACACGAGGACCGGACCGGACCGGAUGGAUCUGGACUCAUCAGGGUCAGAGACCCUGUCAGCGGAAACGUUUUUUAUAUUUCUUUUUCAUUCCUUUUUCCUCUUUUUUUCUUUUCUUGUGGGAGGAUGUUCCCCGUGUCACGGGAGAGGAGGCGCAACAUCAGCUUUAACCUGAGCGCGGGGUUCCCCUCCGAUUGUGAAUAUGUAAAUGUGGCCGCGUGUGUGUGUGUGUCUGUACCUGUGUGUGUGUGUGUGUGUGUGUGAUCACCUGACUGAUGCGUACGCACAACGAGUGUGUCUUGAACUUCGUGGAUUGCGAUGAUUUGUGCAAUACUGCAGCCGUCUGUCGACGUCGUUAACUUAUCAACCCGAGAAGAAUAAAACACGUCAUUUGUUUCUGUCUGAGCGAGUCGUUAAAUUUAAGGUUUGAUCAUUUUUACGGUUCCCCAAUAAUCUAAACUUCACUUUCACGUAUUGCGAUGCGUGGAGAAGAAGAAUAUCCCGGCGUGGCCGAAAAACAUUUUUUAUUUCAUAUCGUAAACGAAUCCAAACCCCCCCCCAAAAAACUCUUGUUUCUCCACUAAAGACGCAGGUGUCUCCUUUUUUUAACGAGGUUAAAAACAAUAAAUCGAAGUGCAGCAUUGAUUGGGGGGUCAAAAAUAUAUAUCUUAAAUCUCAAAUGAAACUUGCAGGAACUCUGAAAGUCAUUAUAUGAACAAGAUGGUGACAAACAGCAUUGUUGGGAUAUUUAUAUAUAUAUAAAUAUAUUUAUAUAUUUAUUUAUAAAUAUAUAUUGAUAGAGAUUUAUAUAUAAAUAUAUUUAUAUAUAAAUGUAUAUAUUUAUAUAUGCAUACAUUUAUAUAAAUAUGUAUUUGUCUCUAUAACAAUAGAUGUAUUUAUAUAUAAAUGUAUUGAGAGGAAACAACAAAGUGAUUUCAUCUUUUCUCUCGGAGAGAAUGAGGUCAUUCCCAAAGCACAUUGAUUUGAGAUGGGGGGGGGGGGGGGUCCCAAUCCCAAUCCCAAUCCCAAUCCCAAUCCCAAUCCCAAUCCCAUUGUUGUCUCUUUAGCAGUGCUUUAGCAGUGCUUUAGCUGCGUGGCACCAGAGGAGCUCGGCCUGUUGACCUUUUGACCCCUUAAGUGGGUCAAUGGGUUGUGAGCGGCUCAUCAAACGGGUCUCCUCUCGAGGAUUAGAGAUCCUAAACAUAUUCAUAUCGUUUAGGACUUCAAAACGUCUUUGUCCUCGUGUGACUGCUCUCAAAUAAAAACUGUAAAAACAUUUAGUAUUACUUUAUCUUCUUUUAAUUCUAAUCUCGAGGUUUGACUGUGUCGAGGUACCUCGUCGGAUAAUAAAAGCGAGUGCAUUUGAUUUAUUAUUUAUUAUUCCUUUACAUCUGGUAGGCAGAAGUAUCAACUAUGGAAUCACAACAAAUGACUGUAAAGAAAACAUUUUGUUUUAUUUGUUGUGUUUACCUGUCGUGUGGAAGGAUGUUUUUUUUGUUUUUUUUAUGAUUUCCGGUUGUAAAAUUCGUCGUACCAUGCAAAUAAAUUCUGAUCAUGUUUAAAAAAUA